AAAAUGGAGAAGAAUUACGGAGAUUAUCAGAAAGAUCUGGAAGCGAGUGAUCGUAAGCAGAUCGACUUCCCGAUCUAUGGAUUAGUGAAUCCAAUAAAAACUUACAAUUGCUUCCUUAACAGUGUAAUGCAAGCCUUCUGGAUGAUAGAUACCUUCAGACAUUUCUUUUCAUGGUACUCAUCAAUGAACUCAGCUAAUGAUAACCUGUUUAUACAGGAGCUGAAGUGCUUCUUUAGGGAGAUAUUGAAAACUCCAAAGAAUGAGUUCGAUAACUCACUAAAGUCUUACUAUCUUAAAGACCUCAGAGAACAGCUAUCGAUUCAGGGAGGAAAGCAAACUACCUUUUUAGUCGGUGAGAUGUGAGAUGCUACUGAGGCUUACCAGACAAUUCUGACAAGAGUCUUUGAGAAUCUUAAAAAGGCCCCUGGUGACACAGUCAACUCCUGAGGAAACAUUCUACAAGAGAUCAUCGGGCUCGAUGUUAAGAAGAAGUUUGUCUGCAAGUGUAAGAAAGAGAUACCUAUUCCGGAUACAGAUCAGAACAUGACUCUUCUUUUUGCUGAAACUUUAGAACAACUCUGCGGUUAUAAGCCAGAUGAAGAACUAAGUAUAACUAUCGAUUUAGCUAAAGAGCAGCAUCAAAAAUUGGGAGAAUUCGCUAAGGUUAUCUUAGACAGAGACCAGGUUAGAGCAAAUGAGGAGCACCAAAAGAAAUGUAAGCACUUUGAGGAUGCAGAUCUUAUCAUUACGACUGACAAAGAGCCAGAGAUUAUCUGUAUUGACAUAAAGUACGGUGGGGCUAAUGCAAUGCAAACAUUUGCUGUGAUGAAUCUGAUCCCAAAUGCAAUUAAGAUUAGUGACAUUUACGAGUUCACUGGUGAAGAAGAUCCUUUCUAUAUUUUGAAAGGAGUCAUAAUUUACUGGGGAAGCCAUUACUUUGCUUAUUAUAGAGUCUUUAUUGAUGGAGAAGAAGAGUGGCUCAGAGUUGAUGAUCAGAUGAUCACCAAGAAAGGGGAUUGGGAAAAUAUUGUUACGGAAUGUGUUGCAGGUCCUUGUACACCAACCCUUUUUCUAUAUGAGAAAUAUAAGGAAAGCGUCCUUGUUCCAGAUCUAAAGGAUAUGGAGGUAAAUUUCAAGCUUAAAGACUCAAAACUAGAAGAGUUGAUAGUGACAGCUAGGCAGUCAAAGGUCGAAGGAGUUUACCAAGACUCCAUCAUGAAGCUGAAGAGAAAGGAGAGUGAUAAGAACGAAGGAGAAGAUUCUAAAAUGGAAGAAGAAAAGAAAGGAGACGUAAAUAUGGCUGAUGAUGAACCUGAUAAGAAAGGAAGGAAUACUAUUGACAAGCCUGGCGAAGGAGAUGAUGGAGCUGAACCAGAACCUGAGAUAUUGGUUCCUACUAUUGGAGAGGAUGAGUGGAAUUGUGAAGAAUGCAACACCAUCAAUAAAAACAACAAAGCUAGAUGCAAAGGUUGACAUGCAAAGAACGAAGUUAUUCAGAUGAUGAUUGAUGCGGCAAGAGAAGAAAAGAGAUGGGAAAGAACUUGUGGAAGAUGAGACAACAAAUACAAUUAUAUGAACUUUGACAAAUGCCCGAAAUGAAAAUCUAGUUUGAGAAGAGACCAAGUCCAUUUCUAA